ACGAAAGCCCAACAGAUCCAUCGACCGAGGAGAAGGCGAGAGCGAGCCGAGCCGAGAGCGCAACAAAAGGAAAGCAGGGAAACCUCGCCGUCCUCUCUCUCCAUCCAUGCCCUAGCACGCGCCGCGCAGCCUACGAGCGGGAGCCACACCUCGAGGUCUUCAUCUGUUGCACUCAUGAUUUAGCACCAGCUGAAGUGACCUCUGAGACUGCGCGGUGACGUAGCCUGUUGCUAGGAUAAAAAUCUCAGUAGUUAAGCAUGGCGGAUUCUAUGGUGUCAAGUUUCUGGGGGCCUGUUACUUCAACAACUGAGCUCUGCGAGGAAAAUUAUGCACACUCGUCAUAUAUUGCAGAAUUCUACAAUACUGUUUCUAAUGUUCCAUGUGUUCUUCUGGCACUUGUUGGACUUGUGAAUGCUCUUCGCCAAGGUUUUGAGAAACGAUUCAGUGUCCUGCACAUAUCCAAUAUGAUACUUGCUAUCGGCAGUAUGAUCUUCCAUGCCACCUUACAGCACGUUUUACAGCAGAGCGAUGAGACUCCAAUGGUGUGGGAGAUUCUCCUAUAUCUUUAUGUACUUUAUUCACCAGACUGGCAUUACCGGAGCACUAUGCCUACUUUCCUUUUCCUAUACGGUGCUGCUUUUGCAGUAGUCCAUUUCCUGGUGCGAUUCCAAGUGGUAUUCAAGUUGCAUUACGUUGGCCUCUGUCUCCUAUGCAUCCCACGGAUGUACAAGUACUACAUACAAACUAAAGACAUGGCUGCCAAGCGUCUAGCAAAGCUGUGGGUUCUUACGUUGAGCUUGGCGACUCUUUGCUGGCUAUUUGAUCGAAUGUUCUGUAAGAAGCUUUCACAUUGGUACGUCAACCCACAAGGGCACGCAUGGUGGCAUAUUCUCAUGGGAUUUAACUCAUACUUUGCAAACACAUUCUUAAUGUUUUGCCGAGCUCAACAGCGUGGGUGGGAGCCCAAAAUUACCCACCUUUUCGGGUUCUUGCCUUAUGUCAAGAUUCAGAAACCCCAAAAGAGGGAAUGAGUUCUCUAUUUGUCAGUGCUGUUCUCCAGGACCUUAAAGCCAACGCCCUCAUGUGCUUAGACAAGAAGCAGAGGCAUUUUUUUUGUAUAUGGGCUUCCAAGUGAUUACGGACUACAGUGUUAUGAUGCCUCACUAGAUUUUGUUAACUUUUAACUAACGCCUGUUUUGUACCAUACUUAAUUGUUGCUCAGAGAUUAGUUGGAGUGUUGUCUCAUAGUUUUGGUCAUUAUUUUUUGUUUCUCUACAUUUGAUUUUCCGUUCUAAUAGGACUGAAUUUUAUUUGUUUUUUGUUUGUCUUGAAUGUUGUCGAACAGUUUUAGUCAAGUUACUGCUUCAUAUGGCCAUAGAUUGAUCUUCUGAUGGUUCAAUUAA